AGAAAAAGGAAAGAAAAGAAAAAAAAAUCGGUGCUUCAAAUUCACGACCCAAAAAAAAAAAGGUGCAAAAGUGACUUUUCUCCAAACAAAUAACAAGAUGUCGCGCAGACUGAAAUUCUCUUCUUCCCUUUUUCUUUUUGUUGACUUUGCUUAGACAACUAUCACUAUCAGCAAAAAAAAAAAAAGGUCACCUUGGGAAUAGUACGAAAAGACGAUGCAAACAACUUUACCACUUCAUGCUGCUCCUGGAGAAGCUACUGCUCAUGGACCUCAAGGUAUUAGUCAAUUUCGUAAUUUAACCUUACACGACAUUGAAUCUGAUCCCAUCUCUCAACUGGCGAAAAAGCAUUAUGGUGGUAAAUCCAAACCAAAAUGGGACCCAAAACUAGUGGAAGAUAUUAUUGAAACUCAUUUAGUAUCUUCUAAUUACGACCCAAAGAAGAUCAUGUUACUCGAAUUCACCCAAUAUCUCGAAAAGUAUUUAUGGCCGUAUUUUGACUCGGAAACAGCUACUCUCAAUCACGUAUUGUCUAUUUGUAUGAUCGUUAAUGAAAAGUCGAGACAACGCGUAUCACCAUGGGAAAUAUUCUCCAAUGAUACUGCUAAAUUUAGUGCUCUCUUUGAUCGUGUGAUUCAUUUAGCCGUUCCUUCUGAAUCAAAGACAUUACCUCUUCGGGUUCAACGUAUCGUGCUGAUGUUUUUGAUACUUUGCUUUCAAAGUUUGGAAAACACCACUAUCAGAACUGAAUGUCUCAAGUUGGUGACGAUUGGAAUUUGGCAAAAUCUUGGUCAUGAUGAUCGCCGUGAACAGAUCCUGAAUGAUUAUCCUCCUGUACGAAAAUUAUGGAAUUCAAGCAAUAAGAAAUACAAUCUUGCAGAUGAUAAUGAAAAGGAAAAGUUGGACUUUAAUCGCAACUGGCUCAGUGCUCUCUUGAUGGAUUUUGUUGGAAAGAUAUAUGAAAUUCCAGCGGAAGGCAAAGUUGACGACGAACUACUUAUGUACUGUGAACGAUUCUUUGAAUUACUGAUCGAUUUGGAAGCACAACUACCUACACGACGUUUCUUCAACACACUUUUAGACGAUCAUCAGAUAGUGGUCCUUUGUAAAUUGGCACCUUUUAUUCGACGUGACAACAAGGAUGUAGAAUUAAUGAAACAACUUUUGGAAAACCUUGCCUUUUAUGCCAAAUUCGAAAUCAAUGAUCAAACUGGAUUGGCUCUUACAGAUUUGGAUAUGACAGAACAACAUUCUGCACAACUCAUUCAACUUCAACAUAUCAUAUUCCGCGAUUAUAAAGAUAUCUUACCCGAUCUUCCAUUAGCAAACUUGGGAUCUAUUGAACAGCGAACAGAUCUCCUGUGGCAUUUUGAAAAAGCAUCCGUUGACGAUCUAAGCCGUAUCUGUGAUAGUUUGAACAUUCGUGGACAGCCUAUAGUGGAUUCUUUGAUUACUGAUGGUCUUGUAGACAAGAAGGAUCUAUUGAUUGAAAGCUUAGUGGAUAAGUAUCAAAAACGUACUAGUCAAAUUGAAAAAGUGAACUCCUCACCUUUGUAUCCUGAUGAGGAUACUCUCUUUAAAGACAGUCUUAUUCAAACUCAAUUCUAUACUGGUGAACGACCUUUAGCUCUUCCUAAGCUCAAUCUUCAAUUCUUGACUAUACACGAUUAUUUGUUACGCAAUUUCAACCUCUUCCGAUUAGAAAGCUCAUACGAAAUCCGACAAGAUAUUGAAGAUGUGAUCAAACGACUUGGACCACGUUUAACCUAUCCUGAACGUACAAUUGAAUGGUCCGGUUGGGCAAGAAUGGCGCUUCCAAUUGAUUCUUUUGGCAUUGUUGAUGUUGGUAGACCGGAACUUGGCCAAGAUCAACCUUCUCGAGUCACGGCUGAUGUUUCCUUUAACGUUAGCAAGUACUCCAAGGUGAUUCGUGCUGAAUGGGAUAGCCUUAGAAAGCAUGAUAUUGUUUUCCUCUUGACUAUUCGACCACAUGAUGAUUCGGCAACUCCAUAUCAAGAAGGUCAAGAUUUUAGAAAACAUUUUGGUAUCAAGUAUAUUCGUGGUGCUGAAAUCGUGGAUGUUAUUGGAAAUGAUGGUCAUACUAUUGAUCAAGCUGCAAAAUCCGCUCCAGAAGAAAAACCUUUCCAAUCUGCUAGUGCCACUAGAACUUUACGUAUAGCAUUAGACCCAAAUCAAUUCAAGACCGAUAUGCAAAAACACAGUCAUGGCAUGGAAGACGUUCAUGACACUUUCAACAUUCUUGUCCGAAGAAAACCUCAAGAAAACAACUUUAAGGCCGUUUUAGAAACCAUUCGUGAUUUGAUGCAAAGUGAACUGGUUGUACCUGAUUGGUUACAAAAGGUGUUUUUGGGCUAUGGUGAUCCUGCAAGUGCACACUAUUCAAAUCUUCCUUCUCGUCUUCGUGAACUUAACUUCCGGGAUACCUUUUUGAAUUGGGACCAUUUGAAACAAAGUCUUCCUGACAAGGUGAUUCAACCUAUUCCUGAUGAAACUGCUAUGGUACCUCCUUUUAUUCUCAGUCAUACACAAGUCGAUUCUCAAGUGAAUGCCAAAUCCAAGAAAAAGAAAUCUGCAAAAGCAAUGGAUGUAGAUACUCCCGAAACUAUUCAAGUAUCUUCAUAUAAAGUACCAAAUAUGGGACCCUAUCCUCAAGAUAUACCAAAACAAAACAAUGUACCUUUCACUCCAGUACAAGUUGAAUCCAUCCAUUCAGGUAUGAAUCAUGGUCUGACAAUGGUGGUUGGUCCUCCUGGUACAGGCAAAACUGAUGUUGCAGUACAGACAAUCGCCAAUCUUUAUCAUAAUCAUCCGAAUCAACAUACACUUAUCGUUACACAUAGCAAUCAAGCAUUAAAUCAAAUUUUUGAGAAAUUGAUGGAAUUAGAUAUCGACUCUCGCCAUUUGGUUCGUCUUGGUCAUGGUGAAGAAGAACUCAAUACUGAAUUAAGUUUCAGUAAAUUUGGACGUGUGACAUCUUUCCUGGAACGACGUAUUGAACUUUUGAAGGAAGUGGAUCGAUUAUCACAAUCUUUGGAAAUCCCUGGUGAACAUGGAUCGACUUGCGAAACAGCUGGCUACUUUUAUAACUAUCAUGUUAAAACACGAUGGGCACCUUAUCACGACAAGAUAACAACAGAUAAGAAUAUGACUUUAGCAGAUGUACGAGAUGAAUUCCCUUUUGCUGUCUUUUUCGCCAACGCACCUCAACCCUUAUUUAACGAUGACAUGACGGUGGAUGAUGCUAUUGAUGUGGCUCAAGGUUGCUUCCGACAUUUGGAAAAAUUAUUUGAAGAAUUGGAAGAUGUACGACCUUUUGAAUUGUUACGUUAUAGUACUGAUCGUGCCAACUACUUGAUUACCAAAGAAGCAAAGAUUAUCGCCAUGACUUGUACUCAUGCUGCUCUCAAGCGACGAGAACUAGUAUCAUUGAAAUUCAAAUACGAUAAUGUGGUGAUGGAAGAAGCUGCUCAAAUUCUGGAAGUAGAAACAUUUAUUCCAUUACUGUUACAAGAACCAGAAGAUGGAGAAAAUCGACUGAAACGCGUUAUCCUUAUUGGUGAUCACAAUCAAUUGCCACCUGUAGUAAAGAAUCUAGCUUUUCAACAAUAUGGCAAUAUGGAGCAGAGUUUAUUUACUCGAUUUAUACGUUUGGGUGUACCGGCAUUACAAUUGGAUGCUCAGGGUCGUGCCAGAUCAUCCCUCGCCAAACUUUAUAGUUGGAGAUAUAAUCAAUUAGGUGACUUACCCAAUGUACUGACCAAUUCCGAAUUCUUACAAGCAAACGCAGGGUUGACAUAUGAUUACCAAUUCAUUAAUGUGGGUCCUUAUCAUGGACAAGGUGAAUCGGAACCAGUGGCCUACUUUUAUCAGAACGUGGGCGAAGCUGAAUAUGUUGUGGCACUUUAUCAAUACAUGCGUCUGAUAGGAUAUCCUGCGGAAAAGAUCACCAUCUUGACAACGUAUAAUGGUCAACGUUCUUUGAUCAAUGAUGUCCUUCAACGACGAUGUGCUUGGAAUCCAUUCUUUGGUAGACCUGCAGCUGUAUCGACAGUGGAUCAAUAUCAAGGACAGCAAAAUGAUUACAUUCUAUUGUCUUUAGUCCGUACUAAGACUGUGGGUCAUCUUCGUGAUGUUCGACGAUUGAUUGUGGCCAUGUCAAGAGCUCGCCUUGGUCUCUAUGUGUUUGGUCGUCGUGGAUUGUUUGAAAAUUGUUAUGAAUUGAAACCCGUUUUUGAUCAAUUAUUGGCGCGUCCGGAUAAAUUAUGUUUACAACACAAUGAAUCCUAUCCUACCAAUCGACUGGUGGAUGUACACAAGGAUAUUACCGAAAUGGAUCAUGUAGAAGAAAUGGGCAAAUUAGUAUACAAACUCAGUCAAGAACAAUUGGACGAAGAGAUGAUCAGACAAGAACAAAUCCAAGAAGCUGAACAAGAAGCUGAAGAAUUGAUCCAUCAAGAAAUGGAUGACGCACAAGAAAAUUAGAUUAGAGAUUGAUUGCUCUGCACUUUGUUUUAUUUUAAUCACACACCUAUUAUUAUUUCCCUCCCUUCUGUUCUUUUCUUCUCAUACAUCCUUUCCUUU